UCAUCCAAUUCAGAACAGCGGUCGUGUGUUUUGUCGCGUUUCGAGUACUGCAAGAAAACCGGAGAAUUCGUGGUAAGGAACGAUAUCUCACCGUUAGAAGUAUCAAAAAACAUAGCUUGCCGUAAAAUCUGUUACAUAACAACAACUAAAUCUGUUGAACUGUCUCUGGUGAAGAUCUUGCCGCAACGUGAUCCCUUUUUCCGAUAAGCGGUUUUUGGAUUGAAGAUUCUACCGAGGCAAACACCGUGAAAAACGAGUAAUGUAUUAAUAAUUAUCAGAUAAAACCUGUCAGUGAGAGAGAUAGUACAAUAACGACGUAGGAAGGAUGAGUGCAGGAAGCACGGGAUCUACAUUUCCCAAAUGGCAACUGGCUAUACUGAUAGGAGCUCCCGUUGCGCUUGGAAUCGGUUAUUUGUAUUGGAAAAAGUCCACCGAAGCGGAAGAAUCGGACGACAAUCUGACGAAGAAAAAGCUCGGUGAAAUUAAGGACAAGACGAUAUCGCUAGACGGUGAAAGUACUCAUGAUGCACCAGCCAAGCGGAAGGUUUUGACCCCACUGGAGGAAGCCCAGAAACACAAAAAUGAGGGAAACGUAUAUUUUAGGGAAGCAAAAUACGACCUAGCAAUACAGGAGUACGAUUUGGCGAUCGAGAAGUGUCCAGCGACACAAAACAAUGAUCUAUCUACUUUCUACCAGAACAGAGCAGCAGCGUAUGAGCAUCUACAGAAAUGGAACUCUGUAAUAGACGAUUGCACCAAAGCACUUGAAUGCAAUCAAAAAUAUCUUAAAGCUCUAAAACGAAGAGCUAAGGCCUACGAACAGCUUAAAGAACUUGCCAAAUCUUUGGAGGAUAUUACAGCCGCCUGCAUAUUGGAAGGUUUUCAAAACAAAGCCACACUUAUUUCGGCAGAUCGUGUUCUAAAAGAACUGGGACAACAGCACGCCAAGGAAGCACUUAAAGAGAAGCAUGAUGUGCAACCGUCCAAAUUUUUCGUGAAAAAUUAUUUUGCCUCUUUUUCGGACGAUCCAGUCAGAAAGAUGGUGAUUGCUAGCAGCGAGCCAAAAGGAUUUGUAAAGGCUAAAGCGCUACUGGACCAGGGAGAGUAUGACGGUAUUGUGGCAGCUUGUACCGAGGAAAUCGAAUCCAGUGAAGCGGAUGCCGAAUACAAAGUAGAAGCGAUUCUGCUACGGGCAACGUUUUAUCUAUUAACAGCACGAUACGAAGAGGCAGCCUCGGACCUGGAUACGGUAAUCGGUAUGGAGUUGGCAGAUAAGAAAUUACGAGCUAAUGCUCUUAUCAAGAGAGCCUCACUUGCUAUGCAAACACAGCCUGACUCACCGGAAGAUUGCUUCAAAUAUUUCGGCCGAGCUGAGGCGUUGGAUCCAACGAAUAGCGAUGUUUACCAUCAUCGAGGUCAAGUGUUUAUUCUGAUAGAAAGGCUCACGGAAGCAAUCCAAGAUUUCGAGAAAGCUUGUUCACUUUGUCCUAACUCUGGAAUCAUUGCAAUUCACAAGUGCUAUGCCAGCUACCGGCAAGCGCUGAUAAACAAAGAUGAAUUCGCACUUCGAAAGGUGAUGGAAGGAUUCCGCGAUGCAAUCGAUCGUUUUCCCGACUGUGUGGAAUGUUACAGCUUGAUGGCACAGGUACUUUCCGAUCAGCAAGAAUUUCAGGAAGCGGACAACUUUUUCGAAAAGGCUACUAAAAUCGAACCAGAAAAUGCACAAAUUUUGGUUCACAAAGCAUUACUGCAGCUCCAGUGGAUGUCAAAUCCGGAAAAGGCAGUGCAGUUGAUUGAGAAGGCUAUCGAAAUCGACGAUAAAUGCGAAUUUGCCUACGAAACGCUCGGAACAAUUCAGGUUCAGCUGGGAAAACUAACGGAAGCGAUUAAAUUGUUUGAAUGUGCUAUCAAGCUGGCCAAAACGGAAAUGGAGCUGGUUCAUUUGUACUCGCUCAAGGAUGCCGCCAUCGCACAGGUCAAUGUCACUAAAAAUCUAGGAUUGGACAUCGCCUCGCUGGCGCAACUGUCACAGGCAUCAUUUUAAAUGUAGCUUUGGAGAAUACAUAAUCAGCCAGGCCAAUGGUCCUUACGCGUUACGGUGGAAGCUGAAUUCCAUCGAAAAACUUAAAUUCACCAGUGCAAGCUUUUACCUCGUUCAGUAGUUUAGUUUGAGUUUGCCUACCGCUAGUUCGUUCCAAACAAAUGCAACAAAUUGACCGUGAACGAUUUGACGUGCUCUAAAUCCGGCAUUUAUCGUACCUCGGACACCUUAGUGUAAAAUAAGCUUCGCUUAUAAAACCAUUUAUUUUGAAAAUUGCAUUGUAACAUAAUUCGAAGAAAAACAAGAAAAUAAAACGUACACAAAAUUCCAAACGAAUCUGACGGGAUUCAGUACAAUUAAAUUAAA